CCGGAAACAACCACCAAAUGAAUCCCUCUUCUAAACUUGGACAAGAACACACCCAAUACUCCUCUAUCCUUCAUAUAAGGAAGCUUUUGGGACUCUCUGUUCACCUGUUCUUCCUCUCCGUAAGGUUUCUGCUGCACAAGGCUCGAUGGGUGGCUGUGCGAGCAAACCUCAGGAGAUAAAUGGCCCCAGAAACCCCGACGGCCCUGCCGCAGCCGAGAACCCAUCCACGGCCGAGCCUGCUCCCCCUGAGAAUGUGCAGGCUAAGUCUGAGAGCGUCGAGGUCGAGGAGAGCAAGGAAACGCCGCUGGUCGACCUCUCUGAGCCGGCCGGCGAGAGCUCGACCGCUACUGCUGCCGCGGCUGAAGAGCUCCAUCCGGGGAUCAGCGAGCUGAAACCAGUCGCGGAAGAAGAAUGGGUGACUCAUAAAGCUGAGAAGGAGAAGCCUGUUGCGGCUGAGGAGCGUCCCUUACAGUGAUCGAAAGCUGGAAGAGAUGUGUGUCGCGGCAACGCGUCCAUUGAACUAAACCAGAAUGAGAUGUUGCCUUGUGUCACUUACAUUGCUCCAUUCCAACAUGAGUUGAUUUCCAACAUACGACUUCGAUCUGACUUCAUUAGAUGGCAGAAUGAUUACCUGAAUAAUUUGAUGAAUGAAAGGCUAAU